AUGGUCUCUCUGACCAUGCCAAACGUCGCUCGCGUCGCGGUUUUGCUGGCAGUUCUUCAAAGUACGCUGGCUGCAGUCACUGGGGGCGAUGAACAGGGUGGCGUUUCGUUGCCCUUAGCAACCAACGGCCAACCGUUCCCCUGGAACCGAAUGAGGCUUCCAGGAACCACCGUACCGCUCCACUAUGAUCUUCUCAUCCACCCUAACCUGACGAGCCUGGACUUCACAGGGUCUGUAAAGAUCCGACUUGAGGUUAAAGAAGAUACCAGAACCAUCAUCCUUCAUAGCAAAGACCUCCUGAUAUCAAAAGCCACACUUCUGAAUCAGGUUGGGGGUCAAAAUUGGGGUCUGAAGGUUCUUGAGUAUCCAGCGUUCCAGCAACUAGCGCUUCUGUCUGAGGAUGUGUUACUGAAGAGAGGUAAUAUAUACACCAUUCAGCUGGAGUUUGCAGCCAACCUCUCUGAAAGCUUCCAUGGCUUUUACAAAAGCACCUACCGCACUGCUCAGGGAGAGGUUAGGGUUGUGGCCUCCACCCAGUUUGAGCCAACCAGUGCCCGGGCAGCCUUCCCUUGUUUUGAUGAACCUGCCUUCAAAGCCAAUUUCUCCAUUCAGAUCCGCCGAGAGGGAAGGCACAUUGCCAUUUCCAACAUGCCCAAGUUGAGGACUCUGGAGUUGCCAAACGGCUUGUUUGAAGAUCAGUUUGAUGUGACAGUGAAAAUGAGCACCUAUCUGGUAGCCUUCAUAGUGUCUGACUUUCUAUCCAUCAGUAAGAACAGCCAACAUGGAGUUAAGAUAUCAGUGUAUGCAGUGCCUGAGAAGAUUGACCAGGCUGAGUUUGCCUUAGACGCUGCUGUUCGACUGCUGGACUUCUACGAUGAUUACUUUGACAUUCCCUACCCUUUACCCAAACAGGACCUUGCCGCCAUCCCGGAUUUCCAGUCAGCUGCCAUGGAAAACUGGGGCCUGACGACUUAUCAAGAGACUGCUCUGCUCUUUGAUCCCAAAAAAUCCUCCGCUUCAGACAAACUAGGCAUCACCAUGAUCAUCGCUCAUGAGCUGGCACAUCAGUGGUUUGGUAACUUAGUAACCAUGGAGUGGUGGAAUGAUCUCUGGCUCAACGAGGGUUUUGCCAAGUUUAUGGAGUUUGUUUCAGUUAACAUCACUAAUCCCGAGCUUCAAGUGGAGGACAAUUUCUUGGGGAAAUGCUUUGAAGCUAUGGAGGUGGACUGUCUAAGCUCAUCGCAUCCUGUCUCCACCCCUGUGGAAAACCCCGCUCAGAUUCAAGAAAUGUUUGACGAUGUCUCUUAUGACAAGGGAGCAUGUAUCUUGAAUAUGCUGAGAGACUUUUUGACUCCUGAGGCUUUUAAACUGGGUAUAGUCCGAUACCUGAAACGUUACAGCUACCAGAACACGGUCAACAGCCACUUAUGGGAGAGCCUGACCAAUAUUUGCCAGUCUGAUGAUCUAGAUGAAGGCAGGCUCAAAGGCGAUGAGUUCUGUUCUAGAACUCACUCACAUUCUGGAAAUGCCAAGUGGCACUCAGAGGAUGAACUGGACGUUCGGGCGAUAAUGGAAACAUGGACACUGCAGGAGGGGUUUCCUCUCAUCACUGUAGAGGUCAAAGGUCGUGAGGUCCGUCUCAGCCAGGAACGUUACCUAAAGAGUGAUGACCCCUCACAAACGUCUGGGUUUCUGUGGCAGGUUCCAUUGACCUACAUCACCAGUGCUUCAAAGACAGUGCAUCGCUUCCUGCUCAAAACCAAAACAGACGUGCUGUACCUGUCGGAGGAAGUGGACUGGAUCAAGUUUAAUGUGGACAUGAGUGGUUAUUACAUCGUCCACUACGAGGGUUCGGGCUGGGAUCAACUCAUCACCCUCCUCCAGCACAACCACACAGCUCUCAGCAGUAAUGACCGGGCCAGCCUCAUCAACAAUGCUUUCCAAUUGGUCAGUGUCGGCAAACUCCCGCUGGACAAAGCUUUGGACCUGUCUCUGUACCUCAGCAAAGAGACGGAGAUCAUGCCGGUCACACAGGGUCUGAGUGAGCUGGUGCCUCUCUACAAACUGAUGGAGAAACGAGACAUGCAAGACCUCGACAACCAGAUGAAGGGUUACAUCGUGCAGCUGUUCCAUGAGCUGAUCGACCGCCAGUCGUGGAGUGAUGACGGUUCCGUUUCGGAGAGGAUGUUACGCAGCUACCUGCUCAUGUUCGCCUGCGUGCGGGGCCAUCCACCAUGUGUCUACACCGCCACAAAACUGUUCCAAAAGUGGAAGGAGAGUGAUGGCAACAUGAGUCUCCCCAACGAUGUUAACAUGGCUGUGUUUGCAGUCGGAGCCCGUACCCCUGAAGGUUUUGAGUUCCUGUUUGAGAAAUACAGCAAAUCGCUGUACAGUUCUCUCAAAAGCCGAAUCAAGUCUGCCUUAACCAUUAGCCCGCUAGCGGACAAGCUGAAAUGGAUGAUGGAUAAGAGUUUAGAAGGAGAGGUCAUGAAGACUCAGGAUUUGCCUUCUGUCGUAUCCUCAGUCAAUAGGAACCCUAAAGGUUACAAACACGCAUGGGAUUUCCUGAGAGCUAACUGGAACACGCUUGUUAAGAAGUUUGACCUUGGCUCACACUCCAUCUCUCACAUGGUUAUUGGAGUGACCAGUCGGUACUCCACCAGAGAGAUGCUGGAGGAGGUGAAAGGGUUCUUUGGUUCUCUCGGUAAGGAGACGGGUUCCGAGCUGCGUUGCAUCCAGCAGGCUUUGGAGAACAUCGAGGAAAACAUACGCUGGAUGGACAAGAACUUGCCCUUGCUACGGGCGUGGCUGGAUCGCAACAGUCCAAACCAGUACACUCUGAAUGACCAGUACAGCCAACAGCCCAACCCACAUCAACGGACUGAGUUAUAACGGCUGUCAGAACAUGGGCCUCCACACAUCUGCAUUUCCCUGAGUAACGGGUUUGGAAAAAAUAUUUUUGGAUUUGGAUAUGGAAUGACAUAAUCUCACAAAACCUAGCGGUUAAGAUUUGGUCUACAGAACAGACCAAAAUGGGGAAGUUAGUAUACGUGACAGAUUUGAUCUGUUCUGUAGUCUAACUGGUUUGUUCAUUAGGUUGGACUUUGGCUGUAGAAGUGGGUAUUUUUGGUGCACUGGAUGUAUAUAGGUUUUGUGUUGGGUGUAUUUUUUGUUGUUGUUGUUUUUGUUGACACGAGAUUGACUAAUCCUCCUCAGAGAGACCCGUACUUUCAUAGGAUUUUCCCCCAGCCUUAUAUAAACACACCCGGUCCAGUUAAACCAGGCCUUUGGUAGACUAUGAGUAUUAGGUGGAUUAGAUUCGAGUUCGGACGCAGUCUUGAGGGAGGGUGGGAACUCCCCUGAGAGAGGACAGGCUGACCCUGGUGUUACCAUUUGCC